AUGGCGUCGAACGGCAAUGAUGUACCACCAGCAGAAACGGCUACUGUAAACACAAACAUUGUGACCUUAACUCGUUUCCUUACAGAAGAGCAGACCAAACACAAAGAGGCAACUGGAGAUUUCACAUUAUUAUGCCACGCUCUUCAAUUCUCCUUCAAGGCCAUCUCUCAUUAUAUUCGCCGAGCCACACUAGUAAACCUGACAGGUCUCGCCGGUCAAUCUAAUGCGACGGGUGACGACCAGAAGAAGCUUGACGUCAUCGGAAAUGACCUUUUCAUAGCAGCUAUGAAAUCAUCGGGGAAGUGUGCAUUGUUAGUAUCGGAAGAGGAAGAGGAGGUAAUAUACUUUAAAGAUCACACCGGAGCUCGAUACGCUGUAGCUUGCGACCCUAUCGACGGAAGCUCCAACUUGGAUGCUGGUGUCUCCGUUGGAACUAUCUUCGGUGUUCAUAAGUUGGCCGAGGGUUCUACGGGAACAAAGGAAGAUAUUCUGAAGCCUGGAACAGAACUUCUUGCUGCCGGAUUCACCAUGUACGGCGCGUCUGCUCAGCUCGUCAUCACAAUGAUGGGCGGCACUGUCAAUGGCUUCACGUUGGAUAAUUCGUUCGGCGAGUUCAUCUUAACACACCCGGAUAUGCGAAUCCCGAGGCAGAGAGCUAUUUACUCCGUCAACGAGGGUAACUCUCUCUACUGGGAAGACCAUACCAAGGAGUACUUCAACUCUCUCAAAUACCCUCAGGGUAACGGGAAACCCUAUAGCGCUAGAUAUAUUGGUAGCAUGGUGGCUGACGCAUAUCGAACGCUGCUGUACGGUGGUAUCUUCGCCUAUCCCGCCGACAAGAAGAGCCCUAAGGGUAAGCUGCGUAUUCUAUACGAAUGCGCACCUAUGGCUAUGGUUUUUGAAAAUGCCGGUGGCCAAGCCGUGGACAGCAAGAUGAGACGUAUGCUUGAAGUCGUCCCCGAACACAUUCACGAUCGAUCAGGUAUCUACUUAGGUAGUUACGACGAAGUCGAGAAGGUCAAGUCAUUUUACAAGUGA